UGUUAGCUAACCGCCAUUAAAACCUCAAAGAAAAAGAAGCGAUACAGACCAUGUUGUCGAGCACAGAGCUAAAGCUAAUCUGUCCUUUCACUUUGUGUUGACGUGGUAACGGUGUGUUGUUAUCAGUUUGGGGGGGGGGAUAUCUCCACAUAUUCAUGAAACUAACCUAGCAAAAAAUAGUGCUACUAAAAGCGAGAAGUCAUGCUGGACUUUGCCAUCUUUGCUGUCACGUUUGUCAUCAUUUUGGUCGGCGCUGUUCUCUAUUUGUACCCGUCAUCCAGAAGGGCCUCCGGCGUCCCAGGUCUCAAUCCUACAGAUGAGAAGGAUGGGAACCUGCAGGACAUUGUGAACAAAGGCAGUCUACAUGAGUUCCUGGUCAGUCUGCAUCAGCAGUUUGGGUCGGUGGCGUCGUUCUGGUUCGGCGGGCGGCCAGUGGUCAGCCUGGGCUCCGUGCACCAGCUACGGCAACACAUCAACCCCAACCACACCACUGACUCCUUUGAGACCAUGCUGAAGUCGUUGCUAGGUUACCAGACCGGAAUGGGAGGCGGGGCCACCGAGACCAUAAUAAGGAAGAAGGUGUACGAAAGUGGCAUCAACAACAUGUUGAAGAACAACUUCCCGCUUGUGCUCAAGCUGUCGGAGGAGCUUGUAGAAAAGUGGAAGUCCUUCCCGGACUCCCAGCACACCCCCCUGUGCGCCCACCUGCUGGGUCUGGCCAUGAAGACGGUCACCCAGCUGGCUCUGGGCGAGAGCUUCCAAGACGACGCCAAGGUCCUUUCCUUCUGCAAGAACCACGACGCGAUCUGGUCAGAAAUUGGAAAAGGCUACUUGGACGGCUCCCUGGAGAAAAGCGCCAGCAGGAAAGGACGUUACGAGAAGGCUCUGUCAGAGAUGGAGUCGGUGCUGUUGUCAGUGGCGAAGGAGAGGAAGGCCCAGAGGACGCAGACGGCGUUUGUGGACACUCUGCUCCAGUCCAGCCUCACAGAACGACAGAUCAUGGAGGACUGUAUGGUUUUCACUUUGGCCGGCGGCGUCAUCACUGCCAACUUGUGUGUCUGGGCACUUCACUUCCUGUCCACCUCAGAAGACGUUCAGGACAAACUUCAUCAGGAGCUGGAGGAGGUUUUGGGUUCUGACCCAAUUUCCUUGGACAAGAUCCCUCAGCUCAGAUACUGCCAACAGGUCCUCAACGAGACGGUGAGGACUGCCAAGCUGACCCCCAUCGCAGCUCGGCUUCAGGGAGUGGAGGGCAAAGUCGAUCAACACGUCAUCCCCAAAGAGACUUUGGUCAUCUACGCUUUGGGAGUGGUCCUGCAGGAUUCUGACACCUGGAACGCCCCGUACAGGUUUGACCCGGAUCGAUUUGAGGAGGAGUCCACCAGGAAGAGUUUCUGUCUGCUCGGAUUCUCAGGGAAUCAAACAUGCCCAGAACUCAGGUUUGCCUACACCGUCGCUACGGUCCUGCUCAGCACGUUGGUGCGCCAGCUGAAGCUUCACCCGUUGAAGGGACAGGUCACGGAAGUCCGAUCUGAGCUGGUAUCCACACCUAAGGACGAAACCUGGAUUACCGUCAGCAGAAAAGGCUAAAACUAUUCUUUAAAAAAAAAAAAAAUUAAAUUGCUGGGGGGCGGAGCUGUUUCUAAAAAUAUAGAUAUAUUCUGUAUAUAUUUAACAUCUUGAUUAAAGGAAUUACCACCACAGUAUUUUCAAAAUGUUG